CGUCUUAGGGAGGGGGCGCUGCUGUGGAACCUCGUGGCCUGGCUUUGUACCAGAAUUCCAAUGGCUCUUGUGAAUGGACGACUGGGGUUGUUCCUAACCCACUUUAGCAGAGCAGUCAACCAGCGACAUUUCAGCCUCACUGGAGCAUGUGGUGCAAUACAGAAGCUGACUCGUGUACGAGUGGUAGACAACAGUGCCUUGGGGAACACUCCGUACCACCGGCCACCCAAGUGCAUCCAUGUGUAUAACAAGACUGGAGUUGGUAAAGUAGGGGAUACGAUUCUCUUGGCUAUCAAAGGAGAAAAGAAAAAGGCUUUAAUUGUAGGGCACAAGAUGCCUGGUCCUCGUAUGAGUCCUAGAUUUGAUUCCAACAACGUGGUGCUCAUUGAAGACAACGGAAACCCAACGGGGACUAGAAUAAAAAUCCCCAUUCCCUCUACCUUGCGGCAGCAAGGUGGAGAGUACUCCAAAGUGUUGGCCAUUGCCAGCAAUUUUGUGUGAACAGCAACCUCUCAGUCUGUCUUGCCAUACAACCUUUCAAGCUGUAACCAUUCUUUGCAUCUUUUCUAAGUUAAAAACUGUAUUGAAAAACUGAGGUUCAUCAGGAGUCUUCUCUUCUGCUUAAGAUUUUAAACUGUUUAAUUCUUUAAUUGCUUUGGUAAAAAUAUCUAUGUACAAGGUUGUAAUGCCAUUACAAUGUACACCUAUUUUGGACACCCAUUUUGCUACAUUAAAAUGGAAAUGUUAAAA